AUGGGUAACGGAAUAAACAAGGUCCUGCCUGAUCUUUAUCUUGGAAAUAUCAAAGAUGCUCGAGACAGGGAGCUGCUGGCUCAGCACAACAUCACCCACAUCCUGUCCAUCCAUGAUACAGCUGGGCCCGUUCUGGAGGGCAUCACAUACCUUUGUAUAUCUGCAGCUGACCAUUCCAAGCAAAACCUGAUUCAGUACUUCAGAGACAGCAUCAUGUUCAUCCAUGAAUCCCGACUGAAAGGAGAAGGCUGCCUCGUCCACUGUAUGGCAGGAGUGUCCCGCAGCGUGACUCUGGUGGUGGCCUACAUCAUGACGGUGACGGGUCACGGAUGGGUAGAGUCCCUGGCAGCGGUUCGGUCAGUCAGGCCAUGUGCGGGGCCCAACCUGGGCUUCCUGCGGCAGCUGGAGGAGUUUGAAAACACAGAACUAACAGAAUAUCGAGCUUGGUGGAAGGAGCUGUACGGGAAGAACACGUUCAGUGAUGAUGAGGAGAUCGAGGCCCUUUUAAACCGGAAAUCCAGCACCAGCGAUGCCAUAACAACCAGCAUCACUCCUGCGCUGGCCACGAGCAGCAAAUAA